AUUUCCAGACAUUACUGGGAAUAUGAUUGUUUCAGGUUUUACUUCUUGGGCGGUGCCUGAAAGACAAGAACGUCGCACAUCACCCAUAUCUCAUUUCCGCCUCUCCAUUCCUACUAUUCAUCCAUCUCCUUCAAGAUUCUCUCAUCUACCUCUUAGAAAUAUACAGCUGCAAAUGCCAGCGUAUACUGCGAGGAAUACUCGAGUGUCCACCCCACGCAGGAUCCAGAUAACUGCUGCGACACCCUCGCAGGAUGAAGAUGGAAACGUGGUUUGUACCGGCCAUAACAGGAGAUGUAAACGAUUUGUGAGCUCAAGUACCAAAAAUCCCAACAGAGCCUUCUACGUCUGCCCUCUUCCGCGGGAAGAUCCUAAAAGGUGCAAAUUUUUCGUGUGGGAAGAUGAGAUUCAUAAAAACGCCAAAUCCGAUCAGGCUCCGGAAACACCAUGCGUUGGUCGAUCCCGAUUCGGCGGCUCUACCGGUCAAGCCCUAGGCCAAACUCCGGUGGGACACAGCUCGUCUUCGGUCGGCCUUCAUACUCCACAUUCUUUGAGCAAGGGGAAACAAGCUGCCAGCGUUCUGUCGGACAACGAGGAUGACCUUGUUCCUGUGGAAGAUGAUAUUGAUUGGGGUGCUGUAGAUGUCGAUGGUCUCGAGAGGGAAGCUAUUGCGGGCAGCCAAAACUCGGUGAAGAAGCAUGGGACCCGAGAUUCGAUUAGCUCUACUCCCACUCUAGGAUUCAACGAGAGAUUGAGCAGCGUCAUGACGGGUAUGAAAAGAGAUAGAGAAGAGGAGGAUGAGGAUCUUAGGACGCCAAAGAAGGCGAACAUAGACUCUAAUCCUUUUGUCUCGUCCCCCGCCGGCACACUACCCCCUCAUCCUAAGCUUCUUCCCAGCAUAUCUACUAUGGAGCAACUCAACGACGAACUGUAUCGCAUGGACCGUCUUUUGCAAGGGUCAGAAAAGCUCAAGCAAGGCUUGCGUAAUAGAGUCAAAGACUUGGAGAGUAAGAACAAAGCAUUGCAGGAUCGAGUCAAAGAGUUAGAGGCUCGUUUGAAACAAGAGUAAUCAAGAUAUAUCGAAACUGUAUUAUAGGAGAGAUUAUUGUGUUUGUACCCUUCUUUGUGUUGUGUUUAUUUAGUUCGAAUAAUUUCAAGUAAUUGCCCCGGUGAGAUAAGAUACAUUACAUGGUCGUACAGUUCAUGUGAUUGUCUAUGUGUACCAUAUGCAGC